GCAGUUAUUCCCAGCAUCGUGUCCGAAGCGGCAGCCCUCUAUACGAAAAGACGUAGCCCACGUUUCCUUUCCGUUCCGUAGCACAAUGUCUCCACCUUUCUCCAUCUCGCCAAUCCAGCCAGGGCCAGAUGCCAACCUACCGCAGCCCGACGAUCAACUCUUAUCACUCCUGCCCGCGUCCUACCGCACCGCUUCCGACGACAUUGCCGCCGCAGGUCGGAAUGUAAGCGCCUGCAUCGCGAAAGAACUCGACUUGCAGAGGCUUCACAGGAUCCUGAGCUGGCUGUGGGUUGCCGGUCGCCCCAUGCCACCGUGUCCGCUGCAUCGCCAGCUCCUCCUCUCCCGGGAGCUCUUCGUCACGGAGCAGAUGGACAUGCACCUGGUCUGGACAAGCGGCCGAUUAUUUGUCAAACCAAUCCCGUGUUUUCUGCUCGACCCUGUUUUCUGGAUGGAGUAUCUCUGUUGCCGUUCGGGUUGCAGCUGUUCCGUUGCGAGCGAAUGCAAUCGGCCGGCCCUACAGCGGCGUGCGCUCGGGUUCCUGUUCUCGUACGCCGCGCUCAUCUCACAUGAAAGUGACUUUUCUAUAGCACAGGACAAGCACUUGCUGCCGCCGGAGGUAACAUGGUUAACAUGGAGGCACUUUGUCGAACAGCUGGACACCGAGCGCAUUUACUCUAAGGUGGAUGCUCGGUUUCACUACGGCGAGCUCCGCCUCUCCCGUCUGAACAAGAUAUAUUUCCUCUCGCAGCGCCCGUUCCUCCUUCAUCGCUAUAUGUCACACUGGCAACAAUACGGGGCCUUUUUCCAAGACAACUUCGCCUGGCUGGCGUCCGCUACUAUCUAUAUCGCUAUCGUCCUUACCGCUAUGCAGGUCGGGCUGGCGACGAAGACGCUAGCCGACAACGACGCCUUCCAAUCCGCAUCCUACGGCUUUACUGUUUUCUCUAUCCUAGGCCCCGUCGCCGCCGCCGGGCUUAUUGUGUUAGUGUUUUGUUAUAUGUUUAUCGAUAACUGGGCGGCAACGGUGGCGUAUAGAAAGAGAAGACAGCAGCACAUAGGUAGCAGCUUUGAGAGUCUAUGAUACUGUAA